AUGUCCGGCGAGGCGACCCCAUCGUACGGAUGUUACGCCAACGUCCUGCACAAGGGGAGACUGGGAUCCUUGACGGUGAUGCCGAGUGCCCUUAUCUUUACAGUGCUGGAUGCAAACAAUGUACCAACUGGCAAAGAGAGAUCUUGGCCGUGGGCAGUGGUGAAGAAACAUUUUAUCAAAUCAGUGUCUCCCGAUCGACAUCUCAUCAAACUCAUUCUGCACAAAAUGCCAGCUGUGAUUAUGGAAACGUCGUCGAAAGAGGAUCUCGAGAAGAUGCGAUCCGAUAUUGCCGCUGCCAUGCGAGUAAUAGCGUCCGGCGAUGCGAAUGAGGACCAAGAAGAUCGUCGUAAACUAGGAGCCAUUGGUGCUUUGGUGCGAUCCGAGGAGGGGCCGACCAGACGUCGGAAGAAAUCGCCUCCACGCAAAUUGAAAAGUUUGCCAGAAGAUGCGGGGAGAAUGCAACAACCAAAUGCGGCCAUUCGCGAAGCCAGCCAGCAAUUGGACAUGUACAAAAGAAACAAAUUCAACAUUCAUCAGCCAGACUCCAAACCAGCAUCGCAACAACAAUCUGCCACAUCCGAAAUGAUGAACUCCAUCUCCAGCCCCAAUGCUGCCAUUCGUCAAGCAAGUCAGGAGCUUAACGCGUUCAAGCGAGAUCCUUCCGUCCUUACCUCCUCGAAGACGAGGAGUCGUUCCAAUUCUCCAAAAUCAAUUCCAAACAAGAAUGCCUUGCCCAAAUCACCCAAACAAUCCUCCAAAACAACAAAUCCAAUAGUUUCGCCCAAACAGAGUUCGAAAAAGCCACCUUCUUCCAACUCGCAUGCUCCAAUUAUUACCCCACCCAAUGCCGCUAUUCGGCAAGCCAGUCAGCAACUGGACAAUUACAAGCGAGAGGCUAGAAAUCAACCCUUAGACACAACAGGUCCUCUUAAUAAAGCGCCCAAAUCACCCAAACAAUCCUCCAGAAAAUUACCCCCAUUGCCUCCCCAAAGAAAAGAUGGUGGCAAUUCAUCACAACAAGAACAACAACAACCGUCAUCAGUGGCUGCCCAUCCACAGCAGCACCACAGGCCCAAUCAAAAUCCUUCCAUGCGCAGCUCCAGGACAAGGAGUCGCUCCAAUUCCCCAACGUCAGAGCCACGCUCCCAUGUUGCAAAGGCAGCCGCCGACAAUCCACACAACACAACUAGUUCUCGACAAAAAGAUGCACGACACCACUCGCCCAAGAGAACCAUGCCCGUCCAAUCCACCAAACCAAACCGAAACAUAAGAAAGCUACCAGCCACAUCCAAAGACGACGAGGAACCGGAACAUCGUCGAAGCAGUGGUUCGAGCAAAGUCGAACGUCGCUCGGAACCGAUACGGAGAAGUCCUACGACUGGUAGACAGGAACAACCACGACCACGCCAAGAGAGAACGCACGAGUCGAACCAUGUCCCGGUUGCGGCACUAAGGCGAGGGGGAAAUGUUCGCCGGCAGCCAACACCCGGUGCGGUAGCCAUUCAAGGGAUCAACCAACCUCAUGGUGACAGUGAAGAAUCUAGUAGUAGUAGCUCGGAAGAUCCACCCAGUCCACGUACUUCUGCGGACCGCAACAUUUUGGUCGAGGCCGAAUUGGUCGAAGGAAGCACACAGUUUGCUGGUGACAUUAUUGUCGAGGCGCAACCUUUACAAGAACGAGAAAUGCGGUGCCGAGAUGCUUGGAAAAGUCGUCGGAUGAGAUUGGGGUUCUUUGGUUUGGCGUGUGUCAUGCUGCUGCUUAUUGUGGGGAUCGUGCUCGGCUUUACUUUGUCGCGUGACACGGGCGGCGACGACCAAGCCGUGCAAGAAAGCGAGUCAAGUGCAUUCACCCCAAUCAAUCAGACUGGAUCUGGCACUCCCAUCGCAGGCACGACAACUGCAGCUCCUCAGUCGACGACCAAUCCAACAGCUUCCGCAAUUCAGUCGCCCACGGUAACUCUUGCUCCAACAAGUGGUCCCUCUUCAGCGACUAUUUCAGCGACUAUGGCACCAACUAGGGCAGACCAGUGGACUCCAGGAAGCAGUCUCGCGCCUGGUGGCGGUUUUGAUUUUCUCAACUUCCUAGAAGAAUGGUUCAUGUUCGAUGGAGUCCCAGCGUCAACGCUCCGGGCCCUUCAAGAUUCCGCGUCAGCACAGUCACGAGCACGGGAAUGGCUGUUGCAAGAUAGAAACCUUGAAUUGUAUGAUAUUGCGAGAGUUAUGCAAAGGUUUGCAUUGGCCACCUUCUAUUAUGCAACAAAUGGUGAGAACUGGAGCCUGAAUAGCCUGUGGCUGGAGUACGACGUCCAUGAAUGUCAGUGGUACAACAACAAAGAGGCGUGCCAUUUCGAUGGCACUACGUAUACCCAGUUUGCAUUGAUCGAAGAAGGGCUCACUGGAACGCUUCCACCAGAGUUUUUUUGGAUCACAACAAUGAUUUGCCAUCCGAGAUUGGAAAUUUGCAGUUGA